UGCAGUUUUACAAUGAACCUUCCACUGAACAUCCCUGCGUGCGAACUUCGUUUUCAUUUCAGGUGUAUGGCAACACCAACUUUUCGCUAAAUUAUAGAACUUUAACAUUAAAUUACUUAAAAACUAUAAGCCUCCGGCAGGUUCUGUUUUCAGUUUUAAGAUGAGGAUACACCCCUCUAUCACCCCCUUUUUACCGUUUUUUCCAAAGCGAUCGGCACUAUACUAAAUUCUAGCCUAGAAAUCUAAUAAUUUAAUUAACUUUAGUUAUUACUUGGCACCUACGAAACUUCGGUACGCUAGGCUAACUAUGUCAACAACAAAGCUCGUAAAUGAAUUUUGCGAAAUUAUCGACACUUACGGCGGUCGAGAUAAGGUGAUGAAGGCACUGUGCUACAGCGCCAAACUGAUCGCCGGCUAUCAUUCCAGCCGUAACCCAGAGCUGGCGAAACGUUAUGCCAUUACCAGUUCACGUAUUUCGGGCGCGCGCGCCACCCUUCGGCUAAUCGAUGACAUCCCCAUGAUACAAUACGCCUUGGAGUAUGGCUUGGGCACAGCGGAGCCAGAUCGGCUAAUGGCGGUGCUGGGAGUUUCUGCAAAUAUUGUGGAUUUGCUUUUUUACCCGGUUGAGAAAAUUUGCUGGCUAUCGGAGCACAAUAUUAUCGAUGUUAAGAAUGCAGAUGCCUGGGAUGUGCUUAACUCUUCUUUUUGGGUACUUUCCGUUUACUUGAAUUUGAUGAGAACAUUGCGAAGUUACUCGUUAAAUCAACAGAAGUUUAAUGAGGUGAAUGUUGCUAACUCCCAUGUAGAUGAAAAAGUACUCAAAAAGCAUCGACUAGAGCUACUCUCCGUACUUCGACUGUCACUCGAUUUCGCACAUGCCGUUAGCACGCUGCCCAAAGGCUACCUUUGGGGUGGAAAAUUAUCCACAUUUCAAGUAGGUGCCAUCGGCACACUCUCCGCCGGGAUUGGCAUUUAUCAACUGUUUGCCAAGCGACGUUUAAAUAAAUGAAAAAAAAAAAAACAAUAUACACUUCCUACGAGAAAGCCUCGUACAAGCACA